GCAGGAUUGGAUUUUAUUGAGGAUCAGGGUGAAGAUUUUGAGAGAGCCUUAGAAAGCACUGGUUUUGGAAGGUUUCACUUUUCCUUACUGACAGUAUGCGGUCUUAUCUACUUAAACACAGCAGUUGGCAUUACGAUUAUUUCAUUUGUUUUGCCUUCGGCAACAUGCGAUUUUCAGAUGUCUUCUUCGGACAAAGGGUGGCUCACUGCCGCCCCCAUGUUAGGAAUGUUGUUAGGUUCCUAUUUCUGGGGCUGUCUAGCCGACACCAAAGGACGUAGAACAGUAUUAAUAGGUGCCUUAUUGAUGGACGGAAUAUGUGGCCUUUUAUCCAGCAUAUCUCAAGCCUAUUGGCUUUUCAUGCUGCUGAGGCUUCUCAAUGGAUUUGCAAUCACUGGAGCUAUGGGUAUUUGUUUCCCAUAUUUGGGAGAAUUUCAACCUGGAAAGUACAGGGAAACUAUAUUGUGUUGGAUGGAGCUUUUUUGGACUAUGGGAGUGAUAGUAUUACCAGGAAUCGCCUGGAUCAUAAUUCCAAUGGAAUUCGAGUAUGUGACAGAUAAUUUUAAGUUUGCGAGUUGGAAUUUAUUCGUAGCGACAUGCUCAGUACCAAGUCUUUUUAUUGGUGGUUGGUUGUUCUUCUUCCCCGAAAGUCCAAAGUUUUUGUUGGAAUGCGGGGAAGCCGAUGAAGCCCUUGAAGUCCUAAGGGAAAUGUACGCUUGUAACACAGGAGAAAAUCCCAUCGAUUUCCCCGUAACAAGCUUGAGGGAAAAAGUUCGAGCCAUGAGCGUGGUUUCCCAACAAUCCACCAGAAGUAUUAGGAGCUUGAGGAUCAGAAAACCAAAGGAGCUAAAAAUGUUGCUUGCAGAAAUUUGGGAGCAAACUAAAGCUCUCUGCAAGCCUCCACAUCUGAGGUACACCAUUAUUACCUGUUUGAUACAGUUUGGAUUGACUUCAAGCUACUAUACGCUUAUGAUUUGGUUUCCGGAGUUAUUUUACCGUUUUGAGGAAUUCGAAAGUAUGUACCCUGAUGAAAAAGCAACUGUUUGCGAAGUGUCUUCUGUGGUGGUACCUAAAAACACGACUUUGAACAUAACAGAAAACCCUUUUUGCGGAGAGCCAUUAUCUGAUUCAGUGUUUUUGCACACUCUGAUCAUUGGAUUGGCGUGCAUUCCUACGAGUUUUUGGUUACCCCUGUGCGUUCGAAGGCUGGGCACCAAGUUCUUCUUGGUUUUCAGCUUGCUGGUCGCCAGUGCCGUCACUUUUGGUUUGUACUUCGUGAACUCGACGAUUACCAACUUGGUUUUAUCGUGUAUUUUUGAAGCCCUCACCAGUUUGGGUAUCAGUACGGUUUACUGUGUGAUGGUGGACUUGUUCCCGACUAAUUUAAGGGUGAUGGCGGCAGCUCUUUCUUCUACGUUUGGUAGGGGAGGUGCCUUACUAGGUAAUCUGCUGUUUGGGUUUUUGAUAGAUUUGAAUUGUGUGGUGCCGAUUGUUAUAUUCGCUUCCAUGUUAUUGGGGAGUGGAUUGCUGUGCUUUAUGUUGCCUAACACGGGCCACGGAGCUCUAGAAUAGAGUAAAAAGUAUUUCAUCAUAUAAAAUUAGUGUAGGUAGUGAAUUGCCGUGUAUAUAAGGAUUUGACCAAACUAUAUAUUUUUAAUUAAUGCGCCAUAUAUUUUUGAUAUAAAAUAUUAAGCGGCUCAAAAUCUUUGUGGUGCACGGUACAUAUCUUGUGAUAAUUUGAUUAGAAUGCAUAUUUUUAGUAUUAACUAGUAGUUAAGUUGUAAAAACUUGUGUAUAAAAAUAGUUAAAAAAGUUAUGGCCGUUUGCACAAAUUUUCUACCUAAAGUGUACUU